AUGCGACCGCAUCGCGCCGUGCGCGCCGUGCUUCCCAACUGGGAAGAGUGGAGGGAUCGAGGCGGUGUUCCGCUUACAUUUAGAACGACGCAGGUGCUCACCGGUCACGGAGUGUUUGGCGAGUACCUGCUCAAGAUUCGGCGCGAGGUGACGUCCACCUGUCACUACUGUGAGGAGGAGGAAGACACGGCGCAGCACACGUUGGAAUUCUGUCCGGCGUGGGAGGUCUCGCGACGCGUCUUGCGACUCGAAAUCGGCGAGAGAUUGGCCCCGGAUGCGAUAAUUGCGGCAAUGCUCAGGGGUCGCCAGGAAUACAUUGCCGUGCGCACCUACUGCGAGCAAGUGAUGCUCACGAAGGAGCGAGCGGAAAGAAGGCGGGAAAGAACUCUGCAUCCUAGCAGAGCUCGGAAUCGAGCGGUCGUCGACGCGUUAGAAGGAUCCGAUCCAGGGAACGAGGCGUUAGGGGGCGUGAUCUCCCCUAGCGGCCUUUGUGUGUGA